UUUUGUGCUAUGAUGGUCCGGAGUUAUAAAAUUUCUGGAAACAGCAAGAUUAUUUACUGGAGAAAAAAAUCAUCCGCCCGAGCUCCUCACCAUUUGCCGCCCCCAUACUGUUCACCCCCAAGAAGGACGGCGGGUACCGAAUGUGCACUAAUUACAAAGCACAGAACAGGCUGGCUAUCAAGUCACAUUACCCCAUUCCGCAUUCGAGUAGCCGCUGCUGAGUGUUACAAGAUUGCGUUUCGUACUAGGUACGGGAUUUUUGAAUAUGUAGUCAUGCCCUUCAAGCUUGCAAACACUCCGUCGACUAUGUACCUGAUGACCUGCACUCGACCAGAUCUAGCACAAUAGGGCCAUGAUCCUCCUGUGUCAGGAG